UCCGUCCACUUAUUGAAAUUUAAUAGCUAAACAAUACAAUACUCAACAAAACAAAUGCUUGGGUCAUUUCGUUAAAAAUCUACAAAACAAAACUUCAAUUUUGCAAACAACAAAACCUACACACAAAAAGAAACAAUGGAACUUUAGCUAAACAUACUUUAUUAACAAAAAAAUCCUCCCAACAAAAUUUUAUAAAGACAACAAAUUCCCCCAAAAAAACAACAAAAAAUCCUUAAUGGCCUAGUUUGCAUAUUAAAAAUAAAACUAUUAAUAAUUUAAACAAUACUCUCAAAAAAAAAAGCAAACAUAAAAACAAACUAAAAGGUUUUUUCUAUAAAAACCCUUUAAAAUAGACAACUACUAACAAAAUCUCUUAACAAAAAAUUGACUUCUUAUUACAAAACAACAAAAAAAGAAACAAACAAAAUCCAAAUUUUGAUUUCCUCCCCCCAACCAAACACUACGACGCAAAUGACUGAAUCAACACAAUUACAAACAGCAGAGAAUAAUAACGCAGGGGUUGUUAAAAUGGAACCUUUACCGCCUGCCACCACAGCCUCCACAGCCAACACAAAUUUGGCCACUUCGCCAGCACCUUCAUCCGCUAUGGAACAACAGACACAACAACAGCAAACGGCUGCUAUAAUCAGUGCAACAUUACAGCAACAACAGCUGCAACAGCAACAACAACAAUAUGCUUUAAAAUGGAACGAUUAUCAAACCUCCAUGUUGAGUUCAUUUCGUCAUUUAAGAGAUGAAGAAGAUUUUGUCGAUGUCACAUUGGCCUGUGAUGAAAGAUCAUUUACCGCUCACAAGGUAGUGCUGAGUGCUUGCAGUCCCUAUUUUCGCAAGCUGUUGAAGGCGAAUCCUUGCGAGCAUCCCAUUGUUAUAUUAAGAGAUGUGCCGGCCGAUGAUGUGGAGAAUUUAUUAAGCUUUAUGUACAACGGCGAAGUCAAUGUGGGUCAUGAACAUUUGCCGGAAUUCCUAAAAACCGCCCAUUUACUACAGAUACGUGGUCUAGCCGAUGUCAACAAUGGCUCUUCGGCCUCAUUCACCCCCACACUCGCUUCCUCCACGCCCUCCAACAAACUCAGCAGUUCGCUGAACAGUCAACUAUCGGGCAGUACGAACAAAUUGAAUUUUCUGACAGCCGCCACCCAGGCUCUAAGCAAUUCCUCCAACUCACCAUUCACAACACCUUCUUUGGGGUCGACAACACCUUUAAAUAAUCUAUUAAAUAAUACCAGCAGCAGCAACAUUAACAAUAACAACAGCAGCAAUAAUAAUCACAACAGCAACAACAAUAAUAACAAUAACAGCAGCAGCAACAACAACAAUAAUAAGAGUAACAACAAUACAAAUAAUGGAAAUACCCCUGCCAUACAGGAAUUGAAGGCCUCGUCAGCGUCUCCCGUAAGAACCAAACCAAACAAUAGCAAUAAAGCUAAUCAUUGGGAUUUAUCGGAUUCGGAUAGUAAUCGUAAUAAUCAUUUGACGCCUCCUCCCCAGAAAAGAAUAAAAAGUGCUGAUUUGUUUCGUGCCCAACAUGGCAUUAGUCCUGAACGUUUGUUAAUCGAUCGUGAAUUCCCCGUAGCUGGUCAACAUCCUUUGACACGUAAUCGUGAUCGCAGUCGUGAGACCUCACACGAUAGAGAUCGUGAAAUGCGCGAAUCGUUGUUGGGUCAGGCUUUGGAAAAUACAAAUGGUUUACAGAAACAACAUCCCGAUAUGGCUUCCCUACAUGCCCAAAGUGCUGGCGAGGAUUCAGCCAGCUCCGACACUGAACCCUCUGAUCGCGGUGAUGGUCAACAUGAUGGCACUAUGGACUCUAUGGACAAUCAACGUACUCAUUCCUUCCCCAAUGCCUUUUUAGGUUUACAAGGUAUACCCGGCCUUUUGCCAGGUCCUUCCGGUAUGGCUGCUAAUGAUUUCGUUACUCGCCGCUCUUUGGAAAUGCGUGUACGUGCUACUGAUCCUCGCCCCUGUCCCAAGUGUGGUAAAAUCUAUCGUUCGGCCCAUACAUUGCGUACUCAUUUGGAAGAUAAACACACUGUCUGUCCGGGCUAUCGUUGUGUCUUGUGCGGCACUGUUGCCAAGUCACGCAAUUCCCUACACUCUCAUAUGUCGCGUCAACAUCGUGGUAUUUCCACCAAAGAUUUACCCGUUCUACCCAUGCCCAGUGCUUUUGAUCCCGAAUUAGCUUCUCGCCUACUGGCCAAGGCUGGUGUAAAGAUUUCCCCAGCCGAAUUGAGGGCACGCGCUUCACCCACCAACAGUACUGGUGGUGGUAAUGGCCAAAAGGUUGACUUGAAUAUGGGUGUGGGCUUGAAGGAUGAAAUGGACGAUUCCGAUGAUGAUCCCGAGGAUUUGACUACCGGUGCUGGUUUUGGCAGCAAUAUGGGUGGUAAUGAUUUGAGCCGUUAUCACGAGAGUUUAUUGAGCAACUUUGGUCAUGCUAAUACCACGAUAUCGCGUAUACGUAAUGAGGCUGCCGCUGCGGCGGCUGUUGCGGCUUUGGGUCAGCAGAAGGAUUUAGUGGGUGGCCAAAUACCGACUAGUACAGCGGGUGGUCAGUCGUUGUUGGAUACAUAUUUGCAGUUUAUAACGGAGAAUACAUUUGGCAUGGGCAUGUCCCAAGAACACGCUGCUGCCGCCGCAUUACAUGCCGCCAAAAUGGCACAACUAAAUGCAAUGGGUCAUGGUUUGGACAAAAUCCCACCCGGUCUAUUGCCGCCCCAAUUCGAUUUGAGUAAAUUGGCUGGCACCGCCGGUUCAGCAUUCACCUCAGCAGCGGGUAAUAAUUCGGGUCUUACCAUUGAGCCCAUCAUGAGACGUGAUCAGUCGAGCACACCCAAUCAUGAGAGCAAUAAUGCAACCAGUAAUAAUACACCUGCCACACACAAUAACGAUAUGCGAAGAGAUAUCUCAGAACCCAUGGAUUUGGGUUUAGAUGGCAACAAUCAGUCGGGUUCUCAUCACGACAAUCGGGGAUCCGAUAAUGAGGACAACUACUCAGAAGAUGAGGGAGUGCAUAAUACAUAAAUUGCAAAAAA